AUGACUGCCGGCCUGGGUCCCGUGGACAAGGCCCCUCCCCCUGCACCAGCCACGGGCACCUCAGGGGGCUCCUCAAACUCCGAUCAUCAGACCUCCCGCCCCAAGUACAAUGCCGAGGAGAGGCUGGAGCGUCAGCGUGCGCGCAACCGACUGGCCCAGAUACGCUACCGCGCCCGCAAGAAGGCGGCCGCCGGCGCGGUCGUGGGCCACGCCGGCGCUGUGGCGGCCUCCCUGCAGGCCGCGCGCGCCGAGGCUGCCGUCCUGGCGUCCCAGCACUCCCUCCUGUCUGGCCUGAUGAGCCUGGCGGGGUGGCACGGGGGCUGCACGCUCGCCAGCAUGGACAGACUCAUGGCCCUGCCGCCCGAGCAGGCGCGCGCCUUCUCGCAGGUGCCCAGCGAGGUGGUGGCCCGGCGGUGGGGCGAUGCACUUUCCUCCAUGAAGCAGCUCAUCGUGGACCUGGAGGAGCGGGGCGGGAAGUGCAAGCCCCUGGAGGACCAGCUGCGCAGGAAAAUGCUGGAGGGGCGAGUCCUGAAAUGGAGGAUCUUCCAGUACAUGGGUGACCGGCUGGAACAGAUCACGAGACUGCUCGAAGGACUUGGGGACCGUCAGUGGGAACACAUCGUGAACUCGCUGGGCCUGGAUCCGGAGCAGGGGCAGCAGAUGCUGAUGGUGGCCAGGGCCACUCGGGGAAAGCUCAGGGAGAUCAUGGCUCGAAGGAAGGAUGUGCUGCAGAAGCUCACGGCAUCGAGCCAGGCCGCGGUGGGGAUGCCCCUCCAGGCUCGGUCACUGGACAGUCUCCAGGUGUGUAGAGGGUCGAUGGCAGGGACAUCCUGA